UGCUACGCUCGCAGCCGGCCUCGCCCGCCUUCCGCCGCGCGGCUGAGCAGGCCCGUUGGGCGCGGAUCCGGCCAUGGCAGACGCUGAGAGCACGACGGCCCUCCUCUCGGGCGCCUUCGUGGGCGCGCUCGCUUUCCACCACGUCAACAGCGGCUCCGACACUGUGCGUAAAAAGGAAGGAUUCCUCCUUGGGGAGGUGAAAGCUGAAGCCAAGGACAUCAUCACUGACUCUCAGAUGGAUGGUGCUGAAGUUGUGUAUACAAUUGAUAUACAAAGUCACAUUCCAUGCUACCAACCCUUCAGCUUUUACAACUUGGCAGGAGAACUGAACGAGCCACUGCUGAAUAAUAUAUUGUCGAGUUGCAAAAAGACUGUGGUGGGCUGGUACAAACUCAGGCGUAAUACUGACCAGACAAUGACGUUCAGAGAGCGACUCCUUCAUAGGCAUUUACAGUCACACUUGUCAAAUCAGGGCCUUGUUUUUCUGUUACUAACUUUCAGCCCAACGUCUUCAAAUUUAUCCACUUACAAAUUUGAAUAUGCCUUACAUAAACCGCAAGAAGGUCCUUUUCAGAAAGUUCCUCUUGUUAUUGCCAAUUUGAGAAUGGCAGAAGAGCACGGAUACCAUACUGCGUCUGGUUCUUGUAUUUCUUCCGGCUAUUGUAGAGCAGUUGCAAAACACAGGUCAGAAUUUUUUAACGACGAUGGGUCUCUAAAAGAGGUUCUUAAGACUGCUGAAAUGUCUGCCACCUUGCAGGAGGAAAUGGAGAAUAUAGGCAGCAAAGUAGCGGAUAGUGAAAGAUCAGUAGAGAAUCUGCUAGCAGAAGUAGAUCAACUGAGACAAGAAGUACAAAGAAAAAAAGAACAGAUGCAAACUGCAGAAGUUACCCAAACGAAGAAAAGUCACCCAGAUGAAUCGAAAGAAAAUACUUUCCUUUGUCAAGCUUUGCAAAACUUUUUCCCAAAUUCUGGACUGCAGUCAAGCAGUGUUACUUUAAAAGGAAGACAGAUUUCUAAGCAUUGCUGCAACAUUGACCACAACACAAAAAUAAUGGAUUGGCUCACCUUAAUGUUCAAAGAAAAUAGUUUCCCUGAAUCUGAGACAAGGCAGGUAAUUAAGCGAAAGGCUACUGUAACUACAAGUGGACCAAAGCCAUUCAAAAGGCUACGAUCUUUCAAACUUCGUCGAAAUCUAUUUCGGGAGGACCAAAAGAACAGUGACCAAGAAACAAACAUUGCAACCAGUGACACUGAACCUGAUGAGGAUGUUACAAAAGAGCCUGAAGAACGCAGUGUGUCUCCAAGUUUUUAAUCCCUUUCGGUACAGAUAAAGGAUUUCUUUCCCCCCAUAAAUUGUUGCCUAUAUAACCCUCCAUUUGUUCACAGUCUCUGGGGGAAGUCUUGUUUAUGAAAAUUCACGCAUCCAAAAUUAAACCAGCAUUAUCCCCACAAUUGGGGGGGAAACAAAAUCGCCCAAUUUCUUCCUCAGUAGAUUUUGUAUUCCUUAUUUUCCACAGGGAUUAUCCCUGGUGGAAGACUUCAGCAUAAAAUGUACUGUACUGAUAGUGCCAUGUUUGUUUUCUCCAAGGCUGGACUAAGAAUGCAACAAUAUUUCUUGGCUUUUUAUCCAGUUGUCUCUCUUUGAUCCAGUGGAGGCUUCUCUUGAGGGAAAGGAGAGGUGAUUUUCACUAGUUCCUCCCUCUUCAGGUUCUCAUGCUGCCUCCCAUGUAAUUCCAAAGGGUCCACCAGCCCUCUGGAGCAGAAAGGGGUGGUGCACAGGUCUGCAGAGGAAAGGAAGGGGAGAUAUCCUCCUCCACUGGAUCAGAGCCUUCCGUCAGCAGUAGGAUACAAAAUGGUUAUAACCCAUUAAGUAACAUGCUGUGCUUGAAAGCGAAGCAGCUGAAUUGAAGGCUAAACAUGGUUUCAUGUCAGCCUACAGAGAAACGGGCAAGACCUUAUUACAAAUAUUUCAUUCAUGA